UUCAGGAACCGUUAUGACAUCCGAACGGUACGCUCCGAAGAGCUCGAUUGCGUGCAUAUAUUGUCGAGAGAAGAAGAUAAGAUGUCGUGGAGGGAUUCCUUGUGAGAAAUGCAUCUCCAUUGGACGUCAUUGUGUCUCGGCUCCUUCUCAACGCGGCAAGCGUCAUCAUGAUCAGGAUCGUACUGCAAUUCUUGAAGCGCGACUGGCACAUAUGGAGAAGCUUCUUCGGGCUACCAACCAACCGAACGUGCAGGAUCAGGCGCAGCAUGUUUCUCAAGGGCAAGAGUUCGACAGUCGACAUCUUUCAACAACCCAUGACGCCCCUCGUGCUUUGCCAACCCCAUCGCCAACAGAUAAGCCUGUGCCAGAAACCGAUACUGCUGCGAAAAUAAAUGCACUCAACCAAGAUAGCGAAGGCUCUUCGAAUAUUGUUGCCGGCUACCGUAAUUAUGCGGUAGCAAAUGUAGCUUCAAAUCAGCCUGAAACACUUGACAUGCCAUCCCUCGUACCACCAGCCCCUGCUCAGGCUGAUGGUUGUCCGGUAGACUCUGCCGGAAACGCAGGACUAACGGCGGGUGAGAAGGAAGAUAUUUCAAUAUCUCUUCAGAAGUCCAACUGGGAACAUCUCGGACCUACUUCCUGGAUAACAAUCUCCUCCCAGCCAGGUAUUCGAUGGGUCACUGAAAGGACUGGGUCUCAAGACUUCGCUCAAUGCGCCCAAAGGCUCACUUUGAGCUGGUCGGAACGUCUGAAAUUCCAGUGGGAUCGUAAUCGACCAAGGGCGCCUGACCUCGACGCUGAUACGGCUUGGUGUUAUACUCGUGCUUAUUUUGACGAUUCUCUCGAAGCCGUGUGUGGUGUGGUCUUUCGCCCUGAAUUUGAACAUCGUCUUGCAGAGCAUCUGAAAGGAGGAGGCAGCUCUACGGAUGAUGCUGCAUGGUAUGCGCUACGGAAUUCGGUCUACGCUUCAGGCUGUAGAGCCUUUUUCGCAAAACAGAGCUCAGUGACCUGGGCUGAGGCUCAAAGACGGUCGUGGCCGUAUCUUGAGAACGCCCUGUCGGUUCAACUCGAGCUGAUGUACACACCUACGGACCUUAUGGCCGUAAGAGCCCUCGCUGCAAUGAAUCUUCAUAUAGAAGGUGCCGGAAAUCCAGCACUCGAAUCGAUGAUGUUUGCGGUCACAGUGCGGGUGGCCCAAUCGAAGGGUCUCCACAGGCAACCAGCGAGCACCUGGAACUUGUCAGAUGACGAAAUCUUGCACCGGAACUGGCUCUUCUGGGCCAUCUUCACCGGCGAAAAGCAAGUUACUCACCGCUCCGGACGUCCUUCUGCGAUCGAUGAUGAUAAUAUCAGCUGUCAAGUCCCAGAGAAGGUGGUGACAGGCGGCUGUCUUGACAUCCAGUUCAUGACAGUCCUUGUCAAGCAUGCACAAAUCUCGGGCCAGAUUUGCCGGAGACUUCUAUCUGUCUCCAGUUUCCAGCAGACGCCAGCAGCCCUUAUGGACACCAUGCAUGACCUCACACACCAACUGAAGUGCUGGCAUGACUCUCUCCCCGCAUCAUGGCGGCCAGACCGGCCUAUGAAGCUCUCUGAGGUAACAUCUACACGUGCACUCAAUUGUGCUCUCUAUAUUCGAUUCAACUACUAUGGAAGUUUGACAGCCAUUAACACCAUAUUCUUUUUUCCAUGGAUAUCCGCAAUUUGUGGUAUCAGCCCACAAAGCCCGGAGCUGCGCGAUCAAAUUGUGCUGAGCACGAAGAUUGUUGCUGAUGCGGCAAGAAACAUCAUACGAGCAACAAAGUUCAUACAGGUAGAUGCAGCAUCCCACCAGUGGCUGGUAUUCUACUACCCGAUGGUCGGCUUGGUCAAUCUGUUUCUCUACAUUUUGAAGUAUCCUUCUCUUCCGUCAGCCGCAGCAGAUGUUGCACUUUUGGACAUGGUCGUUGGACAUUUUGGCCACCUCGAGGAUGUCACAAAUUCAGAUCUGGCUUAUCCGUUCGCCAGAGAGGUCUCGGCAAUUGCGCACAAGGUCGUGAGUAACUCACAACCACAUUCUGGAAGCCUUGGAUCGGGUCCAUUCAGUCCAGUCGGUAGGAAUAUGUCAGCCGAGACAGCUUUGCAUGACAUAGACUUCUCACAAGAGCUGGCGAUGUUUGGUGAUAUGGAGCUUGACAUGGAUAGCUGGAAUAUGUUUUUUGACACGGAGAAUAUUUCUGGCGAAGGUGACAUGAUUUACCUGGGCUCUUGA